GCGGUUGAGUUGCUGGUACUUCCGCGGAGGCACGUGAGCCGAGAGGCGCGGGGACGCUGCGGCUGGCUCUUCGUCUAGACACUGAGGCCUAGAGCAGUCGAGUGAGUCGCCAGGGGCCGCGUGGAUUUGCGUCCCGGGACGCCCUCUCGCCACGUCAGCCGCACCUGGUCGCCCACCUGGGCGCGGCGGGGAGCGGAGGGUUGGAGCCGGGUCCGGGAGUUCUGUAGCCCGGCCUGUCGCGCUCCAGUGCGCGUGGAGCUUGCGGACUGCACUUGCUGCUUCUGGCAGCCGGGCGGCGCUGGAGGGCGAGGCAGGGCACGCUCAGCGGGGACGCAGCAGGCUUCUCCAGGGGAGGGACGUCCUGAGGUGACCGGUUCAGUGGCCUGGUACCCCGGAAAGGCUGGCUGAAAACAGAGUCUUGUUGUCUUCCCCGUGUCUGUGCCAGACAGAACAACCUUUUGUGCCAUUACCACACGCCAGCAUCACUUACUGGAGCGGCUGAGACCCUGAGAUGUGCAAAGGCGUUUUGUCACACGGACCCAAUCCUCUGUGCCCUCCUGAGAACACGCUGAUAUGCCCAAGAUAACUCUGAAUGGUGUGACGGUGGACUUCCCUUUCCAGCCGUACAGAUGCCAGCAGGAGUACAUGACCAAGGUCCUGGAAUGUCUGCAGAAGAAGGUGAAUGGCAUUUUGGAGAGCCCCACGGGCACAGGCAAGACGCUGUGCCUCCUCUGCGCCACGCUGGCCUGGAGGGAGCACCUCCGAGACACCAUCUCUGCCCGCAAGAUUGCCGAGAGAGUGCAAGGGGAACUUUUCCAUGAUCAGGCUUUGUCAUCCUGGGGGAAUGCUGCUGCUGAUGGAGACCCCAUAGCUUGCUAUGCAGACAUUCCAAAGAUCAUUUAUGCCUCCAGGACCCACUCUCAGCUCACGCAGGUCAUCAGCGAGCUUCGGAGCACCUCCUACCGGCCCAAGGUGUGUGUGCUGGGCUCCCGGGAGCAGCUGUGCAUCCACCCUGAGGUGAAGAAGCAGGGGAGCAACCACAUGCAGGUGGAGGAAGUGGCGUUUGACCGAUGCUGGUUGACGAGCAGUGGCCGCCAUUUGAGGGUCUGGAGGAAACGUGAGAAAAGCCUGGAGCAGGAGCUGGCCACCCCCAUCCUGGACAUUGAGGACCUUGUCAAGAGCGGGAGCAAGCACAAAGUGUGCCCUUACUACCUUUCUCGGAACUUGAAGCAGCAAGCCGACAUCAUCUUUAUGCCGUACAAUUACUUGUUGGAUGCCAAGUUCAAGUUUGGGCUGCAGGAUCUCACGUGGCCUCUUCUCACAUCUGUUCUGCACACUGGGAAUCCUGGUGCUCAGGCACAGCUGGUGGAAUUAGGAUGGCCCACAGCUGUGCAUCUGCUGCUUUUUUCUCAUCCAGGGCUGAACAUAGAGCCAGAAGACCUUGUGAAGCUGAAGAUGAUCCUGCUUCACCUGGAGGAGGCCAUUGAUGCUGUCGAGCUGCCCAGAGAGGACAGUGGCAUCACCAAGCCAGGGAGCUACAUCUUCGAGCUAUUUGCCAAAGCCCAGAUAACAUUCCAGACUAAGGGCUGCCUGCUGGACUCGCUGGACCAGAUCAUCCAGCACCUUGCGGGACGUGCUGGAGUGUUCACCAACACAGCUGGAUUGCAGAAGCUCGCAGACAUCAUCCAGAUCGUGUUCAGUGUGGACCCCGCUGGGGACGGCCCCAGUUCUGUGGCAGGGCUGGGGGUCUCUCAAUCCUAUAAGGUGCAUAUUCACCCUGACACCAGUCCCCGUAGGACGGCUCAGCGGUCAGAUGUGUGGAGUGUCUCUGCAGCCAGAAAGCAAGGGAAGGUGCUCAGCUACUGGUGCCUCAGCCCCGGCCACAGCAUGCGCGAGCUGACCCGCCUAGGCGUCCGCACCCUCAUCCUCACCAGCGGUACACUGGCCCCUGUGUCCUCCUUCGCCCUGGAGAUGCAGAUCCCAUUCCCAGUCUGCCUGGAGAACCCACAUGUCAUCGACAAGCACCAGAUCUGGGUGGGGGUUGUCCCUAGAGGCCCCGACAGAGCUCAGCUGAGCUCUGCAUUUGACAAGCGGUUUUCCGAGGAGUGCUUGUCCUCCCUGGGGAAGGCUCUGGGCAACAUCGCCCGCGUGGUGCCCCAUGGGCUGCUGGUCUUCUUCCCUUCCUACCCUGUCAUGGAGAAGAGCCUGGAGUUCUGGCGGGCCCACGACCUGGCCAGGAGGCUGGAGGCACUGAAGCCGCUAUUUGUGGAGCCCAGAGGCAAAGGCAACUUCUCAGAGGUCAUCGAUGAAUACUACAAGAGAGUGGUUUCCCCAGAGUCCAGCGGGGCCACCUUCCUGGCAGUGUGCCGGGGCAAGGCCAGCGAGGGGCUGGACUUCUCAGACGCAAAUGGCCGCGGUGUGGUUGUCACGGGCCUUCCAUACCCACCCCGCAUGGACCCCCGAGUUGUCCUUAAAAUGCAAUUCCUGGAUGAGAUGAAGGGCCAGAGCAGGGAUGGAGGCCAGUUCCUCUCUGGGCAGGAGUGGUACCGACAGCAGGCGUCCAGGGCUGUGAACCAGGCCAUCGGGCGGGUGAUCCGGCACCGCCACGACUACGGGGCUGUCUUCCUCUGUGACCACAGGUUUGCCUACGCCGAUGCCAGAGCCCAGCUGCCCUCCUGGGUGCGUCCCUACGUCAAGGUGUAUGACAACUUCGGCCACGUCAUCCGAGACGUGGCCCAGUUCUUCCGUGUUGCUCAGAAAACUAUGCCUGUGCCAGCCCCCCGGGCAGCAGCCCUGAGUCUGGGUGAGGGAGAAGGUGCUGUUGGGGUGGCCACCUGUCCCACCCCCCUCCUCUCCGCCAGGAAAGCCAAGAGUCUGGACCUGCACAUCCCCAGCUUGAAGCAGAAGCCCUUAGGAUCACCAGCUGCUAGGGACUCCGAGAGCAGCCUGUGCGUGGAGUAUGAGCAGGAGCUGGUCCUCGCCCAGUGGAGGCCUGCAGGGUUACUGGCUGCCCUGGAGCGCAGUGAGCAGCGGGCUGCGGGGCCUGGGGAUGAAGCCCGUCCAGGCGAGGAGGAGGUACACAGUUGCUCCACACCGUCCUGCCAGAGUGAGAAGAGGCUGGUGGGUGAGCAGAGAGGAGGAAGGAAGAAGGUCAGGCUGGUGAGCUGCCUGGAGGAGCCAGCAGCCAGUGCACAGGAAGGCAGAGCCAAGCAGUUCAUGGUGGCUGUGAAGCAGGCGCUGAGCCAGGCCAGCUUCAGCACCUUCACCCGGGCCCUGCAGGACUACAAGGGCUCUGAUGACUUCACGGCCCUUGUGGCAUGCCUGAGCCCCCUCUUUGCCGAGGACCCCAAGAAGCACAGCCUUCUCCGAGGCUUCUACCAGUUUGUACGGCCCCACCACAAGCAGCAGUUUGAGGAAGUCUGCUUCCAGUUGACCGGCCAAGGCUGUGGUUACCAGCCUGAGCACAGCCUCCCCAACAGGCAGCGGGCAGAGCCAGGCCUGGACCCCUCCGGAAAGAAGGAGCCUGACCCCAAGCUGACCUUGCCCAAGGGCACAGCCAGGCAGUUGGACCUCAGAGAACACCUGAACCAGGGUGGGUCCCACCUGUCCACUAGGCCACCCCUUGCAGGGGAUCCCAGCAGCUGUCCACAAGUGGAGUCCGGAGCCUUUGGAGCAGGAAAGCAGAGCCAGCCUGCUGUGAGCGCCUACCUGGCGGACGCCCGCAGGGCCCUGGGGCCCAACGGCUGUGGCCAGCUUUUGGCUGCGCUGACAGCCUACAAACAGGACGACAAUCUUGACAAGGUCCUGGCUGUGGUGGCUGCGCUGACCACUGCAAGGCCUGAAGACUUCCCCCUGCUGCAGAGGUUCAGGAUGUUCGUGCGUCAGCACCACAAGCAGCGCUUUCUGCAGACCUGCACAGACCUGACAGGUCUGCCCGCCCUGGGCACCGAGCUGCUAGGAUCCCGGGUGGAGAGCCCCACCAGGCCUCCCAAGCUCGCCUGUGGGGCUCCCCCACCAGGCCCAUUACAAUCACAGAGACCUGAGAAGACCCAGAGCAAGAUCUUGUCCUUUCUUAGACAGCAGCCAGCCGGGGGCGUAGGGGCCAGCAGUGCUGCUGCAGGGCCCAGCUGGCCCCCUGGGUCUCCCCAUGGGCAUGCACAGUCUAAGUGGGGUGAGUCUCAUGGUAGGGCUGCAAGGACUGUUGAGGGUGGGGGCACACCGAGCUGCAGUCUGGCAAGCUCAUGUGGGCCCCUUGCAGCAGGCUUUGUGUGCCAGGGCUGUGGGGCGGAGGACACAGUGCCCUUCCAGUGCCCCUCCUGUGACUUCCACCGCUGCUGGGCCUGCUGGCGACGGCACCUCCAGGCCUCUAGGACAUGCCCAGCUUGCCAUGCCACCUCCAGGAAGCAGAGCCUCAAGCAGGUCUUCUGGCCAGAGCCCCAGUGAGCAUCUGUGGAGACACUCAAGACACUAUGAGGUCUGCAAAGGCCGAGGUUGCCCCUGACAUGGCUUGAACGCUUGCCUGUCCAGCCUGGUGUGGGUCAAGAGCCUACCCAGCAGGGAGGCCAGCUGGUGCCCAGGCCUCACAUGGGCAGGGCCAUGGUUUGUCCCUGAAGCUGUAGUGGCAUCUGGGCCUGCCUGUGAGGAGCCGAAGCCACGUGGGGUCUGGGUUGGGUCUUCUAUAAGGUGCUUCCCCAGAACUUCCCCUGGCUGCCCCAGGGGCAUCUUGGCAGAGCCCUCAGCAAGGAAGGAGGGGCAUGCCUGACCAGUGCACCUGCAUUCAGUCUGGUGACGGGGUUCUAAUAAAGCUGCUGGCAGUGUCAA